UGAACAGAGGACAGAGCCACAGCCAGAGAGCAUCCGUCAUCCAUCCGGUCUGAUCCUCCCUCUCAAACCCCCCCUUACCCAGCUCUCCCUCCCCUCCCUGCCGCAGCUACGAUCACACUUCCCCGUGCUUUGGGAUGUGGAGCACAUACAGAGCGCUCUCUGCAGCCUCAGUCGUCCAGGUGUAGAGAGGCAGGAAGGACUGCCUUCUCCUGGACAGAGGAGAGGUGAAGAUAACUCCUGCUGUGUCCCUGUCAUCACUUUGAAAGAGUGAUGACAGAGGAACGGGACUGUCCGUCUGCCGGACCGAGCGACUCGUUUGGCCGUUCUCGCUUCCGUUUGAGUUUAUUUUCAUGAAUGCAAAGCCAUUUCCGUAUUUGGCAGAUUUCUGUUGACUUCAGAUGUGGACCUGGGCUGGCGCUGGAUUGUUUUCGGCCGUGAAAUGUUGAAGGGAUUCAGAUGUGGAUUAGAAUGCUGAUGAGGAGCACCUAAGCUUUGGAACGGAGAGCUCCGCAACAGGAGCAUGUGGACAUGUUUGGCUUCUCCAAAAAGCCAAAACAGUCCGGCCAUAGGAAUAAAACGUCAGGCUGGCCCCCACCCGGCCUGGGCUCCUGGGGAGGGCUUCAGGGGCCCCCUUACAGUUGGGACAGCAUGAACAACACCAGAGAUGGACGGGACUUCUUUACCAACCAAGGCUCCCAGAGCAGCUCCCUGGAGGAGGUCCACCUGGAUGGCCUCCCUCCCGCACCUCGUCUGGUGGAGAUGAGACGGGACCCGGUUCUGGGCUUCGGGUUUGUGGCUGGUAGUGAGAAACCGGUGGUGGUCCGCUCUGUCACACCAGGUGGUCCUUCUGAAGGGAAGCUGCUGCCGGGCGACGAGAUUAUCAUGAUCAACGAUGAACCGGUCAGCUCAGCCCCCAGGGAACGAGUCAUCGAUCUCGUCAGGAGCUGCAAAGAGUCCAUCAUGCUGACUGUUGUUCAGCCAUAUCCAUCUCCUAAAUCAGCGUUCAUCAGUGCAGCCAAAAAAGCCAUGCUCAAGUCCAAUCCGGUCAAAGUGCGCUUUGCUGAGGAGGUCAUUAUAAACGGCCAGGUCCCGAAUCCGGUGAAGGACAACUCUCUCCUAUUCAUGCCAAAUGUCCUGAAGGUCUACCUGGAAAAUGGGCAGACGAAGUCGUUUCGAUUCGACAGCAGCACUUCCAUCAAGGAAGUGAUUAUGACCCUGCAGGAGAAGCUGUCGAUCCGCUGCAUUGAGCACUUCUCCCUGGUGCUGGAGGAGAGGACCGAAGGCUCUGGAAGCAAACUGCUUCUCCUUCACGAGCAGGAGACGCUUACUCAGGUGACCCAGAGGCCCGGUUCUAACAGGAUGAAGUGUUUCUUUCGAAUCAGCUUCAUGCCCAGGGACCCAGUGGAGCUGCUCCGCCGGGACGCUGUGGCGUUUGAAUACCUCUAUGUGCAAUGUUGUAACGACGUGGUGUUGGAGCGCUUCGGCCCGGAGCUCAAGUACGACGCCGCGCUGCGACUGGCUGCCCUGCAGAUGUACAUACUGUCCAUGACGGCCAGACAGAGUCAGAAAGUUUCACUAAAAUAUAUCCAAAAGGAAUGGGGUCUGUCGCUGUUCCUGCCUCCGACUGUGCUGUCCAGCAUGAAGGAGAAAAACAUCAAGAAGGCUCUGACGCACAUUCUCAAAACCAACCAGAACCUUGUGCCUCCGGGGAAAAAACUAACUGCAUUGCAGGCCAAGGUGCAUUACCUGAGGUACAUCAGUGAACUAAAACUGUACGGAGGAAGAGAGUUCAAAUCGAUACUUUUGCAAGGCGAGAAACAGACGGAGGUGAUGCUGUUGGUGGGCCCCCGGUAUGGGAUCAGUCACGUCAUCAACGCUCGGACCAACCUGGUGGCCCUCUUGGCCGACUUCAGCCACGUCAACCGCAUCGAGAUUCUCACAGAAGACGAGACGAACGUCCGGCUGGAGCUUCACGUCCUGGACGUAAGACCCAUCACUCUGAUCAUGGAGUCCAGUGAUGCCAUGAACCUCGCUUGCCUGACGGCAGGCUACUACCGCCUCCUAGUGGACUCCAGGAGAUCUAUUUUCAACAUGGCCCACUGCAAUAACAUAGCAGAAGAUGACGCUGGUCAGGAUCGUGUCCUGGAGUGGCCGUACAGCACGUCUUUAGGGGAAAAUGAAGAGCCGUCACAGGGGAAGGUCUACAACAGAAACUAUCCAGACAACGGCCAGAGGGAAAACAGCAUUUCUCCCUACUUCCAUGAACCUCAAAACCUGGACGGCGACCACGGGACAAGAAGAAGUCCACUGCCCCCUCCCCUUCCUCCACCCACCAGACACAAAACCCAAGACUCACCUCGAAGCGCCAAAGUUUCAUUUAUUUUUGGAGGUAACCCGCCCCUGAACAGACCCAGGAACUAUGAUGUAGUACCAGAGAGCCCAGAGUCUUCGGAGCCCUUUCAGUUCAACGAGCUCACCCACGUCUACAGCAACAUCAUAACUGAGGAAGGCGGUGAAGAGCCCGUGCUGAGGGACUUGUUCUAUCGAGACACAACAGAUGACGCGGAGGAUGAUGAGGACGCGUCCUGCGAGGAAGACUCCACGGGGGGGACUCCAGUGGGUGACAACAGGGAAGGUGGAGACGACUGUGGCAACCAGGGCGCGCGGUUGCCCACAGCAGCUGGCAAAGCUACUUUUCUCACUCUCUCUGGGUCCACAGAUGACAUCAUCGAUCUCACGUCGCUGCCGCCUCCCGAAGGAGACGACGGCGUCAACGACGACGAGGACGACACGCUGCUGCAGACCCUCAACCUCGCAAUCGCGGCGCCGCCGCCGGGCUUUCGGGACAGCAUAGACGAGGACGUGGCCCCGGAGGGACGGCCUCUAAGCACAUGUGAUAACGACGACAUUCCUGUGUCGCUGAUCGAUGCUGUACCGACUCACGGAGAGGAAGAAGGAAGCAGCGGAGGGGAGAGUAGGUUAGAGAACGCAGUCAUGGAUUCUCUACAAGCACUGGAGCAUCUAUCGGUCUCCGAACAGAGACCUCCUCGUCCACCUCCGAGCAGCAACAACACAGGUAUUUGCACAUCUCACGGAUUUAGCCCAGAAUCAUCCUCAGAUUCUGGCAACGAAACUAACUCUUCAGAGAUGACUGAGAUCUCUGAUCUAGCUGCUACUCAUAGACUCACCGACAGCCACAUGCGUUUACUUGUAGCCACGCGUGAAGGAUACCAACCAUUGCUUGAGGAGAAAACUGAAUUCCCAGUCUCACCUAAUUCAUGCACAACACAAGAAAAGAAACCUCGUAGUCCAACACGACACCUUCAGCCUCCAGCAGUUCCUCCGAGACGUAGCCCCCAGCUAGACCUGACAUCGUCAGGGCCGGACAGAUUGGAACUGAAACCCCAGACUACUCUCUCGGUUACUCUUCAACGUCCGAGUUCGACAACGCCAGGAGGCAAACACCAGAAAAAGUCUGUACACUCGAGCGGAAAGUACAACACCUUCAGCACAAGAGAAGUACUUCGAAGUGAGAUCAAUAACAGGCGCAGCUAUCUGGAUUUGAACCAGCACGCUUCAUUCAGCGAGCAGGAAGAAGCCAAGAGGAGACAGAAUUCCUUUGUCGCUUCUCCUUCUUCCGUAGCUCAGGGCAUUGGAGUAACGAGCCCAGCUCGCGACCAUCGAAAUAAUCUUCGCCCUUCUUCAACCGUUUCCGAUCGCUUCCUAGAUGUGGUCACUAUGGGCUGUGAAGUGGGUAACGGAGCGGCGGCCGCUGAACAGGAUGAGCAUCUAGUUGUAGCGUCCUUACUGUCCCCGAGCAAACAAUCCAGAACAGGAGGUUCUGAACAUGGAUCAGACACACCAAGUGACCAUCAGCCAAUUUCAAGACAACAGAGUGUGGCACGGUUGUGUGAGUACCACCUGGCCAAAAGGAUUUCAAAUUUGCAAGGAGAAGGCCACAGUUCUUUGCAGGGCUCUCUGUGCUCAUCACUUGAUGCAGGUGGCAGCACAAACAGCAGUGCCUGUGCCACGCCGACUGACUCUCCUCUUGGCCCCGGCGCUGUUGAGUCCAAACAACAUCGCUCACAAAAGCACCCACUUUCAAGUUCUUCUUCCUCCCUGCUUAGGGUGCUAAACUAUGAAGACAGCAAAACCGGAUUUCAGAACCAGAACACCCAAAACAAAGAACUUCAUCCGCAUGCAGACCCUGCCCUCCUUCGUAAAAUGCUGCCCAAUAUUCACCCCCCUCUUGCUGGGGGGGAAACAAGUCGACCCUCCUCAGCAACUCCAUCCAAACAUAAGGAAGUGACAGGCACUGGAAGCAAGAAGCACCACAAUGACAUCUAUCCUAAACAACAAGCCUGUUUUAAGGGGCUUAACCCAAAGGAAGGCAGUGAGGCCUACAGACAACUGAUAAACUAUCUUACAGUGAGCCAGAUGCAUCAGGGAGGGAAGUUACAUAGUGCCGGUAUGGGAGGGGCAGUUAAAAAAGACACCAGACGCUUUAUCACAAGCAACCCUCAGCUAGUUGAAAUGGUUAAGAACAGAGGGAACACCACUGCUCGCUGUCCAUGUAUGCCUUCGUCUGUGACAUCUCCAUUUCUCAGCCCUAAUUUGGUAGGUCCUCAUUCAGCCCCAAUGCAGUUGGCAAAUAAAAAUUCAAGGUCUUACCUUUCAGCAACACUUCCUGCCAAACUCAAAAGAAGCCCUGACAUGCAAGUUCAGAGGCUGAAUGAAGGUUUAGAUUUCAGGAGUCCUACCGCAGAGAGAAGGAGCUCCUUUUCUGGUCUAGAAAGUGACCUUGGCAGAGAUGGUAUGGAUGCAGAGCAAUUUCUCUCGUACAUUAAAAGACAAGACUGUAUGAACCGUGACGGGGCUUUGAAUCCAAGCCGAAAUCGUGACUUUUUAGGCAACCGCCCUCCACCUCGCUCAAGAAGUCAACCAAGUGGCAGCACAGAGGAAGGGUUCAGAUCAGACUCAAGGCUGAAACAUGCAUCUUUUCAGUCUCCUCGACCUAAUGAUUCUUUUUGUUUCUCAACUGCUCCUACUUUGAGUGGUCAACGUGCAGACCUCAAUGCCCUCUCACUAGGAAGGGGUGACCAUCCAUCAGCUUUCAUCAGACAGUCGUCUAAUCGGACUAGAACUACCAUUUCAUCUCCAACGCAUAAUCCACAAUCUCCACCUCCUCCACCGCCACCUCUACCACCACCUCCUCCUUUAUCUCUACCAGUCCCAGCAAACUCCAGUGCUAGCAACUCAGGAUGCCCUCAAGAUUCCCUUCAUCCCAUCCAGUUGCGGCAAAACCAGAACCACAUUCAGACUGUUGCACCGACUUUGUUACAGACAGACCCCUUCAGCAGUAGCAUGCAACGAGGGAGAGAGCUCAAACGCAGCUCAAGCAAUGUGACAGCAAGUUCUGGAAGUGUGGAGGCUUUAUUUGAUAAGCCUAUUCGUAGCCGGAGCCAGCAACCCUUGUCGGCACCUAUGUCUCAUCAGAGUGACACCAAAGUCCAACAUAGACAAGCAAGAAAACGUCUUUCCAAGAGUUACUCCCAAGGAUCUGUGUCUUCACAUGCAACUUGUUGGUCCUCAGGCAGUGGGGUGGACAGUAGAAGGGCAUCUGUUGCAUUUCCAUUACAAAAAGACUCAAAGCAUACGAAGGGCUCUCAAAAACUGGACACCAGUCCUUGGAGAUGCAACGGCCCCUUCAGCUACUGUUUCUUUAAACGUAAGACCGAGGGAGAAGAUGACGAAAUUGAGUGGGAGAGGCCUAGAGGAAGCCGUGUUGGGAGCAAUAUUGACAAUAAUGGUGCUGUUGCAUCAACUAUAACUCUCUAUGGCUCGGCCGUGGAUGAGCAGUUGUAUGGAGAGGUCCUCGACAACAUGAGUUUCAGUGACCGUCUAGCAAGAAUCAACGCUCUUAAGGACCGCAUGUACGGCUUUCCUUCUGGCUUUAACGACGUUCGUCGAGAUGCCAGCGAGCUCAUUGCACUGGUGAGAUCCAGUGUCGGUCGGUGCGACCGCGGUGCCCAGAUGCCUAUCCAAGAUGUUUCCCAGUACAAGCAGCUCCUUUCCGUCGAGUCGAAAGAGUUAGGCCGGGCAUGCCGGAGAAUGGCACAAGCCCAUGGCAGUCCAGAUGAAAUGCUGCUAGCUGUUACAUGUAGUUUUCAGGUGCUAUGCUGUCUGUGUGAGGCUUGUAUGUGUCUAGUUCGGGGACUUGGAGCCUCAGCAUCACAGCAGCAAAGAGAAGUCGUAGCAAAAGUCGAUGAGGUUGUUAUGAACUAUAUUUGUUUGCUCAAAGCAGCCGAAGCUGCGACUGUAGGUGCCCCCGGGGAGCACAGCGUGAAAGCCCUGGUCCGCCACUCCAGUACCAUGUCGGCUAUUGCUAACGCACUCACCCGCUCCCUUAAAACGCUGCUAAGCAAGUAGAGGCUAUUUCCAAUGCUUUAUAGUAUGGCCUAUGCAGUCAGUAGAAGUCUGUCUUUAGACAUUUUACUGUUUUAAGUUCUCUGAAAGAGUCAGCUGUUUUCCUGUUGUGUCUAGGUGGUUUUUACGUCUAAAGAUACAUUUAUUGCAAUUAAACUCAACAUUAAAAUGACAUGUAAUUGAAAACGCUUAAAGAGACUAAAUACUUUUACUGAUGACAUUAUUAUAAUGUAUAUUUACAAAGCCAUACUGUUACAAACCUUUGUAAUAAAUGUACCUAGUAGAUACUGUACCCUUUUACCUGUGCAUUAUGUAACUUAUUUAAAGUGUAUAUAAUGUACAUUAAUACUGUAUUAUUAUUUGAAGUAGCACUUUGGUGAAGCCAUGAAGAACUCGGCUUACUUUAAUAUCUUGCAGGGAUUGAGGGAAGGCACUUUAUGUUCAGUCAGAUUACGUAAAGUUUUAAUAGAAAUAUAAUAAUUAUUUUAAAAAAAGACAACUAUUUUAGAGUUUUAGGUCAAAUUUGACACUGUCAAAACAUUAAAUUGUUGCACUUUUGCUUGUCGAAAGAUAAAAAAUAUGCUUUAAAUAGUUAAUGACUUGGAGUAUUAUAGCAUUGCUUUACUCUGUCAUUUUUUGUAUUAUGUUUGAGCAAAACACAAAUUAUGAAAGUAUUUCCCACAAAGCAUAAUAUUUAAAACCAUACCAAUGUAACAUCGGUAAUUUUGUUCAAACAUUCCGACUGAUCUGAUUUGCUUUGAUCAAAUGUUGCUUUUAUUUUUUUAAAUGUUUUUUUUUUUUUGCUUUAAAUUGUGUUUUUUUUCUGCUUAUU